AGUAGAUCUAAAAGCUUCAUCAAACUCGUUUGCGUGUGAAAAUUAUUAAUUUCAUUAUUUCUCGUAAAUUAUUCAAAAUAAUGGCACAAAAAUUUGUAAAAGAUUCGAUUGGAAAAGAUCGUGUUGUUAUAUUUUCAAAGACGUAUUGUCCUUACUGUACUAAAGCAAAGGAACAAUUCAAGAAGCUAAACUUCAAGUUUUUGACAAUUGAGUUAGAGGAUCGAGCUGAUUGUCAAGAAAUUCAGGAUGUUUUAGGAAGCAUGACAGGAGCACGAAGUGUUCCAAGAGUUUUUGUUGAUGGAAAAUUCAUUGGCGGUGGUGAUGACUGUAAACGCUUAUACGACAGCGGUGAAUUAGAGAAAAUGCUUACUACUUAGCUAACUUAAUAUUACUUAAGAUGCUUCCAAAAACAAUAAUUUACUUAAUGCUUUCCUUUAUGUGCUUAAUUUUUAAAUGUUGUAGAUUCAAUAAAUAUUAAAGUCGAGCAAA